AUGCUGGAAACGGAAAUUUCUGAGAAGUAUCCCCUGCACUACUUUGCAUGGCUGAACGAUUAUCUGGCCUUAGAAGAACUACUGCUCCAGAAGAAGCACGACAUCGAGGCUCUCGAUCCUCAUGGACGCACACCACUCCUUCUUGCUAUCAUACUUGACCAUCUGGAGUCAGCUCGAGUCCUGCUUCGACAUGGCGCGAAUGCUUGUGUAAAGGGCAGGGAUUGCUGGUCAGCAACCCAGGAGGCGACCAGCACAGGCGAUCCCGAACUUCUAAAACUAGUACUUACGCACCGCGACUCGCACAUGCUUAAGAAUCAGGCCAAACUGAUCACCUCUCUGCUGAACAACCUCAAGGAGACUCCAGACUUCUACAUGGAAAUUAAGUGGGAAUUUACUAGUUGGCGUAAGUUUUACGUGAUUUAA